AUGUAUCAUGACAUUUUUCUCCUCUCCUGCAGUGCCGACGGGAUGUACGAGGUGUCUUUCUAUUCCAACGCGGUGGUCUCCUACGACGGCAGCAUCUUCUGGCUCCCGCCCGCCAUCUACAAGAGUGCCUGCAAAAUCGAGGUGAAGCACUUCCCCUUCGACCAGCAGAACUGCACCAUGAAGUUCCGCUCGUGGACGUACGACCGCACGGAGAUCGACCUGGUGCUGAAGAGCGAGGUGGCCAGCCUGGACGAUUUCACGCCCAGCGGCGAGUGGGACAUCAUCGCCCUGCCGGGACGCCGCAAUGAGAACCCCAACGAUUCCACCUACGUGGACAUCACGUACGACUUCAUCAUCCGGCGCAAGCCGCUCUUCUACACCAUCAACCUGAUCAUCCCGUGCAUCCUCAUCACCUCCUUGGCCAUCCUGGUCUUCUACUUGCCCUCGGAUUGCGGCGAGAAGAUGACCCUUUGUAUCUCGGUGCUGCUGGCCCUCACCGUCUUCCUUCUCCUCAUCUCCAAGAUUGUGCCCCCGACCUCGCUGGACGUGCCCCUGGUGGGCAAGUACCUGAUGUUCACCAUGGUCCUGGUGACCUUCUCCAUCGUCACCAGCGUUUGCGUCCUGAACGUGCACCACCGUUCGCCCACCACUCACACCAUGCCGCCGUGGGUCAAAGUGGUGUUCCUGGAAAAGCUGCCCACCCUCCUCUUCAUGAAGCAGCCGCGGCAGAACUGCGCCCGCCACCGGUUGCGGCAGAAGCGCCAGAACCAGGAACGCAGCACCGGGGGCUUCUUCAGGCGGGAAGGGGCUCAUUCGUGCAUGCGUUACAUCAACCCCGCCACUGCCGCCAAGUUGGGGACAGGAAGCAACGGCAACGGCGGUGGCAGCGGUAGCGGAAGGCCCUUCACAGAAACGUCCGACGGGGUCAACGGUUACCGAGACAGGCCGGGGCAAGUGGCGCCACCCGGCCCUUGCUGUUGUGGUCUGGAGGAAGCCGUGGAUGGAGUCCGUUUCAUUGCGGACCACAUGAAAAGCGAGGACGACGACCAGAGUGUGAGCGAAGACUGGAAGUACGUAGCCAUGGUGAUCGACCGCCUCUUCCUUUGGAUCUUCGUCUUCGUCUGCGUCUUCGGCACGAUCGGCAUGUUCCUGCAGCCGCUCUUCCAAAACUAUGCCUCCAAUUCGCUCAUGCCGAUCAGCCACGGUGUCCCGGGCUCCAAAUAGCGGGAGGGGGUGUGUGCCCUGCUGCCGGACCCUCCCAGGGACUGUUGACCUCCUUCUGAAUCUCGCUUUAGUACCAGGAACGAAGCCUGUUUGGGUUAAAGGGGGGAUUCCUGCCACGAGGGACACUGACUGGCCAUUGGAGCACAUCAGUUCCUCGCCAACGGCCGUGGGGACACGUCCUCGUUUUGCCACCGCUGUUAGUAUGCAUCCGCCAAAGGCCGGACGGUCGCUUCCACGGGGGUCUCACGGCCGCGUGGGGCAUUUUGAAAGAGGGCCGUAGCGUUCCCCCUCUUUCCCACUGCGCCCUGGCUUGUGCCAAUUACGGGGUACCAGCUCCCAAACUCAGGGAUUAGAAAAAAUACCCUACAUAUUCAAGGAACAGCAACCGGGUUGCGAAGGACAGGUGUCUGCCCGGAGGAUACAGUGCCACCGGUUCAUGAUAUGACCAGUAAAACCGCAAGGCAAGGGUGUGAGGAAAGAGACCCGCUGUCUGCUCCAGACCGCCCCCUGACUCCCCAGUUUCUUCCAUCUCCCUGUCCAGAUUGCUGCCAAGUAUGGUCUCGGAGGAAUAGAGACGAGCGCUCCAGUCUCCCAGGAAUGGGACGUUUCUCCACCUGACAACCACCAGCGGCCUCAGCAGAGAGACCAAAGCAUUAUCACCACAUAGCCAUUGACUGUACCCUCCCCGUCCCUCGCAGCCGACGCUGUCACAGCUAAACCAAUAAAAUAGGUCACAUAGAAGGAA